CGCCAUGGGCCGGCGACCCGCUCGCUGUUACCGUUACUGCAAGAACAAGCCGUACCCUAAGUCUCGUUUCUGCCGAGGCGUUCCUGAUGCCAAGAUCCGCAUCUUCGACCUGGGUCGGAAGAAGGCCAAAGUGGAUGAGUUCCCGCUGUGCGGCCACAUGGUGUCGGACGAGUACGAGCAGCUGUCGUCCGAGGCCUUGGAGGCCGCCCGCAUCUGCGCCAACAAGUACAUGGUGAAGAGCUGCGGGAAAGAUGGCUUCCACAUCAGGGUGCGCCUGCACCCCUUCCACGUCAUCCGCAUCAACAAGAUGCUUUCGUGCGCGGGCGCCGACCGCUUACAGACCGGCAUGCGCGGGGCCUUCGGGAAGCCCCAAGGCACCGUCGCCCGGGUCCACAUCGGCCAGGUCAUCAUGUCCAUCCGCACCAAGCUGCAGAACAAGGAGCACGUCAUUGAGGCCCUGCGCCGGGCCAAGUUCAAGUUCCCCGGCCGCCAGAAGAUCCACAUCUCCAAGAAGUGGGGCUUUACCAAGUUCAACGCCCAUGAGUUCGAGGCCAAGGUGGCCCAGAAGCGUCUCAUCCCCGAUGGCUGCGGGGUCAAGUACGUCCCCGACCGAGGCCCCCUGGACAAGUGGCGGGCUCUGCACUCCUGAG